GAGAGCGAGGCUUCUUUAGUGCCGCGGAUUGAGUUAACAAGUGUCGAGUUCACGCCACCAUGGCGACUGUGCGAGUUUUAACAUCCGCGUCGAUUGGAAAAUGAUUCUUAUUGGAAUUGUACCUGCAGGUCGAAAGGGGGGACGCAGCCGCCAGAUGGAGAGUCCGGCAGGCAGCGAUGUGAUUUAUCUGCUGGACGAGAAGUUCGACUUCGAUGUUUCGCUGUCACCUGACAGCUCCAACUGCGACGAAGACGCGGAUGACGUCUUUGUGGAGCCAUCCCGCCACGCGGCCAAACGUGCGCCCGCUAACUCGCCCUCCCGGCUUGAGGAAGGGGCCGUGGGCGCACGCGGCGGCUGGAGUCCGCUUUCGGGGGUCCAGCUGGACGCCGUGUGCCAGGAGGCCAAGCGAUUGGCCGAACAGCUGCGGCUGCGGGGCCAGGAUGAGGCCGCCGCCUCCGCCCGGGAAGACGGGGAGCGCUUCAUCCGGGACGGCGCCGCCAAACUGGCUGCGCUGGCGACGCCCCCCGGCCCGUGCGGCCCCGUCAAACGGCAGACCUUCCUGGUGCAGGACAGCCCCAUGAAGGAGCUGCCCCCGGCUAUCCGGCACCGCUUGCGGCGCGGAAGCGCCGAGCCAGGGGCCCGGGCGACCGGUCUCUCCGCCCGGCUCGGCGCCUCCAGCCCGGCGGGCGGCGUCAAGACGGCGGCGCCGCUCCGGGGAAGAGCCGCCCUCCUGCCCAGCAAGCCGGCCGCCCCGAGGACUUCCUCUUCAACGGGCAGGGGCCCCGGCGCCCAAAACCCCCGAGUGGCGCCGGGUUGCGAACCCAGUCCAAGUCCCGAUCUCGACAAUCGGGCCCGGCGGCCCGGCUGGGAUCUUCCGUCAGAUGGCGCCAGCGCGGCGCACGACGUCGGCGGCGACUCGCCCCUCAGCUCCGGCGCGGCGGGAAAAAAGCGUCCGCUGGCUCCGCCCAACAAAGUGUCGAGGUCCGGCGCGAAGGCGACGCCGCUACAGAGCAGGAAGCCCGCCGAAAGGCGCAAGAUGUCGUCGUCCUCGUCCUCCGUCUCCAGCGUCAACUCCAGCCUGUCCCUCUCCCCGGCCGCGGGUAAGCCGAACUCCUCGCAGAACCACGCGACGGUCGCCUCCGGCGGUCCCGCCGCCCCCGGCAAGGUCGGCCAGCCUGCCAAUCAAAACAAACGCCGCUCCGGCGCGGGUGUCAAAACGGCCACGCAGUCGUCGUCGUCGUUGUCGUCGUCGUUCCCGUCCUGCUACCGCGGCGGCCAAGCCAGGAAUUUAUCCGAGACCGUGAAAGCUAGCGGAUCCUCGCUGCAAAGCCAGACCACGCCCCUAAAAAGAAGAACCUCAGCCGCCGCCACCGCUCGGAUUCAAAGUGGCCUGAAGGCAAAAAGCAAACCCGCGGCGCUCGGCCAGACGCCCACACCCGGCAGAGGAGUCACGGGGACAGCUUUUUCCUCUCCUGACGCUUCAAAGGUGCUCAAACCAAAGACACUGAUGGCGGCGGCCAGAAUGCAGGGCCUUCAAGCAAAGGCCUCUGGUGGCCCGCUGACGCCCUCUGCAGGCGCGAGCAGACCUCUGCAGUUGCAUUCCCAGCGUCCCUCCGCUCUCCCCACGCCGCUCAAACGCCGGGCGUCGGCCAUUCCCGCGCCCACGCCCGGCAGCCAGAGCCGAAACGCCAGACCCCCCAGAAAGCAGGCGGCCUCGGACUCUGACUGCCCCCCCAGGACCUGCUUCAGUCCCGCCCCCCUUGAUUGGAAUAGGGCGGCGCCUGUCGACGUGCAGCCCUUCUGUCUGGAGGAGGAGCCUCCCGCCGAGCCCAGCCAAUCGCAGAGCCCGCAGGGCAAAGAGCCAUCCCGUCGCCGCCAAUCGGAGCCCGGCGAAGACCCCGUCCAGCCGGAGAGCGCCAAACGGGAGGUUCUUCUGCUGGACCUUCCCGCUCCGAUGGCCCCGACCCACGAGAAACUGCUCAUCGACCUGAGAAACACUCCGGACUGGAUCCGAAACGGCACCAAGAACUGUACCGCCAUGCAGCAGCUGAUUGACUUAAGUUCGCCGCUCAUCAAGUGGAGUCCGGAAGACAAGAAGGAGAACAGCGCCCCCCUCAUCAACCUGUCCUUCUGAAACGCGCGCACAGAGAUUGAAAAGAAUGAAUGAAUGAAUGAAUUUCCUCUUCCUGUUUGAUUUUAUUCCUUUCUGCUGUUAAGAAUGCAUAAGUAAAUAAAUUGUACAUUUAUCUUGA